AUGGAGAGUCACUUACUGUUUCACUGUACGGAGAGUCACUUACUGUUUCACUGUACGGAGAGUCACUCACUGUUUCACUGUACGGAGAGUCACUCGCUGUCUCACUGUACGGAGAGUCACUUACUGUUUCACUGUACGGAGAGUCACUUACUGUCUACGGAGAGUCACUUACUGUUUCAAUGUACGGAGAGUCACUCACUGUUUUACUGUACGGAGAGUCACUCACUGUUUCAAUGUACGGAGAGUCACUCACUGGUUCACUGUACGGAGAGUCACUUACUGUCUCACUGUACGGAGAGUCACUUACUGUCUCGCUGUACGGAGAGUCACUUACUGUCUCGCUGUACGGAGAGUCACUUAAUGUUUGCCUUUACCACAGUUUGA